UUGCUCGUCACUCUCCCUCGCUCGCGCUCUCGACUUCCUGCUUCCGGUUGUGUGAGAUCGGUCCAAACAGAAGCAGCAUCAUGAGUCAGCGGACGGAGCGACGGGGCAUACAUGUGGACCAAUCAGACUUGCUGUGCAAAAAGGGAUGCGGUUACUAUGGCAACGCAGCUUGGCAGGGUCUGUGCUCCAAGUGCUGGAGGGAGGAGUACCAGAGGGUUCGGCAGAAACAGAUCCAGGAUGACUGGGCUUUGGCGGAAAAGUUGCAACGAGAGGAGGAUGCGGCGUACGCGAGUAGCCAUGGAGCUCAGACGCAGCCCCACGGCCAGUCCUCGGCACCGCACCCAGGACACGCCUCUCUGGGCCCCUUCUCCAAGUUUGAGGAGAAGAAAACGAACGAGAAGACGCGAAAAGUGACCACGGUGAAGAAGUUCUUCAGCCCCUCAUCACGCACUCCUCCCAAGAAAGAAACCCAAGAGGGCAAAACACCCAGUCCGUCCAUUAGCCGCCACAGCAGCUUUGAAACGGACCAAGUGUCCAGGGACUUUGUGGACUUCUUGAAAAACCUGCAGCGGCCCGGCCGGGAGAUCCAUAAGCAGUGCCGCGCCUUCAUCGUGAACAUGUCCAGCAAGAAGGAUCUCAGUGCUGAAGAACUCUCAGAGUGCGUUCAGGAUUUCUACCAGAACAUGGCCGACCGCCUGAUGAGUCAUUUUAAAGGCUCAUCAGAGUCCGUGGAGCAGGUGAUGGACCAGGUGGAGAAGUACAUCAUGACCCGUCUUUAUAAAGGCGUCUUCUGUCCGGAAACCAGCGACGAUGAGAGGAAGGAUCUGGCCACACAGAACCGGAUACGGGCUUUGCACUGGGUGACCAUCCAGAUGCUGUGUGUGUCCAUGGAUGAAGAAAUCCCUGAAGUGUCGGAGAAUGUGGUCAAAGCAAUAACAGAUGUGAUAGAGAUGGACUCUAAGAGGGUUCCCCGGGACAAACUGGCGUGCAUCACACGCUGCAGCAAACACAUCUUCAGCGCGAUAAGGAUCACGAAGAACGAGCCGGCGUCCGCCGACGACUUCCUGCCCGCGCUCAUUUACAUCGUGCUCAAGGCCAACCCUCCGCGGCUUCAGUCCAACAUCCAGUACAUCACACGCUUCUGUAACCCGAGCAGACUGAUGACCGGAGAGGACGGAUACUACUUCACUAACCUGUGCUGUGCGACCGCCUUCAUUGAGAAGUUGGACGCUCAGUCUCUAAAUCUGUCCCCGGAGGAGUUUGAGCGUUACAUGUCGGGCCAGGCGUCGCCGCGUCUCCACAGCUCAGAGGGCGACUGGGCCCUCGCCGGCUCCGCCCCCGAUGCGACCGCCGUUGCCACCACCAACCCGGUCCUGGUUCAGCUCAAUCAGAACCUGGAGCUGCUGUCGGGCCUCAUCAGCAAACAGGAGCGCGUGACGGAGGCGGCGCAGAGCCUGCAGGCCGACCUCCUCUCCUGGCCUCAGAGCGUGGAGCGCGAGGUUCACGGCGUGCUGGAGAAAUACCCGCUGGAGGUCGCGCCCCGCACCGUUUCUGCCAUCGACGCCAACAACGUGGACAACGACAACCUCCCGCCACCACUCACACCACAGGUGUUUGCUGGGUAACGGACACUCGUGUGAGUUUGACGACUGCAUCCCACAAAAAUGUCUCCACUAUGCCAAAAACCACUCCACACUUUAACACACUCUGUGUAAUAUAUGGUGCAGAAUACUGUAAAUAUCUCCACUUAUGGAAUCUAGUCGUCGUGUAUUUGGUAGAUCGAGUCACAGCUGCUUUUCAAACGCUGACAUUUCACAGUUUGAGUCCAUUUAUUUCAAUAAAGUCACGGCGAUCAGCGGUGGAUUUGAUCCCCGGGAGCGAAUCAUGUACAUUUCAACUGUAGUGGAAUUAUGGCAGCGGUCCACGUACAGUAAAAUCAUAGCAUCAGAACCGAUAAAUUAGUUUUCCCUUGUUCUACAUUCAAUGACGUAUCUUUUUACACAACAUGACAUUUCGUGAGAAAAAUAAGUGCAAUUUUAACAUGAUGAUGUAACAGAUCACAGUGGAUCCAUGAAGUCACAGAGAAAAAUCUAGUAUUUCACAUGACGAUUAGAUUCUAAUCAUAGUGGGAAAUUUUAACAAAUUCAUCCUGUGGGGCUGGUUCUGGCCCGCGGGCCAUAUGUUUGACCCCCCUGAAGUAUGGUAUGGAACCUGACGACGGCGUCGUCUUCUCAUGAAUGAUAUCAAUAUUAUAUAGAAGUUAUAUAAUAAGGGAUAUAGUGAAAAGAAGGAACACUAACCUAACUUUUACUCACCAGCUGUAACAUUUCAUCAACUCUGUGUGUGUGUGUGUGUGUGUAUUAUCAGAGCUGCGACUAACUAUUAUUUUCUCGAUUCAUCGAGUCAUCACUUGGUCCAUGACAUGUCAGAAAAUGUUGCUCAGUGGAAGCGACGAUGUUCUCGAACGUCUUUGUUUUUGUCCACAAACUAAAAAUAAUUUCUUUGUUUUUAUGGAGCAAAGAAAAGAAGAAAAUAUUCACAUUUAAGAAGCUGAAAUGAUCAGAAAUCUUGUUUUAAAAAUUAAAAAAGCCUCAAACCGACGAAUGGAUGAUGAAAAUAGUUGACGACUCAUUGAGUAAUCGAUUCCUCUAGUAGUUGUUUCAGCUCUAGUUAUUAUCGUUAUUAUUAUGAUUAUUAUUAUUAUGAUUUUCACGACGUGAAGGUAAAACAGAAUGCAUCCAUUUCAUUUCAGUGCAAACAACAACACAGCGUAUAAGAGCAGAAACGUGUUUCCCUCGUCAGACGCUUUAAUGAACUGCUUUGGCUUUUGCUGUUUGUUUUUUUUUGUUUUUUUUUUGUUAAAGUGUGUGUUUUGAUUUGAAUUUCACCGAAUGAACUUGAAUCUUAACGUUUUUGUUUUUUUAGAAAACACACACACUACGUUUAACAUUUGAACAUUAACUGUGUUUUAGAAUUGUGUCUUAUUUUCUUUUUCAGUGUUAACAACUAUUACAUGUUAUUCUAUAAAUAUAAUAAUGUAUUUAAUGAACUUCUAAGUUUGUGAUUGUGUGAUGUGAUGAAACACUCGACUGUAAAUAAUAAAUAAUAUCACUUUGAGAUUAGGACGACUAUAACUGCAAACAUAAUCCAGACUAUCAGCAGAAGUUAAUCCUGUUAAAUUUCAUCACUAAUGUGUUUUUUUUGGAUUGGGUUUUUUCUUUCUUCUAUAAAUCUAAAAAUACUGUUAAAGGGAGGUUUUAUAUUAUUUUAUCAUUCAUUUAAAGUGCACUAAAUAAAGAUUCUGUCCAAAAACAUCACAAAUGUUAAUCUCAGAAUUCUGGACCUGACUGUUUUUAUUCAUCUGGAAAAGGAAAAUGAAACUAUAAUCCACAGAAACCAUGUGAGCUAAUCUGAACAUAAACAACCUAAACAUAAAUAAAUGAUGGGUUUUAUUCUUUUCAUUAGAUUUUAAAGCAGCAGCCUCAAACUUGUUCACAAAAAUAAUGUUUUCUGGUUGUGUUUGAAGAUUAAAGAUUAAACUGAAAUAAAUACUGUAUGAUGCAAUAUAAAGUGUGUGAAUGCAACUCACUGUUGGAAAACGAUGAAAAUGACACGUGUUUUCAUUUGAAGUAAAAAACGACGGU